CGCGCGCACCUGCAGCUUGGCCCUGGGAACUUCUCCCAGCUCCCCGACCUCUGCCUGGGUCGCCCCGGCAACCAGCAGCUCGACCAAUCAGCGCUCUGGAACUGCGCCACCGCUGGAGGCCGGAGCCAUGCCUGCUAGAAAAGCACUGAUCGUACUGGCUCACCCAGAGAGGACUUCUUUCAACUAUGCCAUGAAGGAGGCUGCUGUAGAGGCUUUGAAGAGGAAAGGAUGGCAGGUUGCUGAGUCAGACCUCUAUGCCAUGAACUUCAAUCCCAUCAUAUCCAGAAAUGACAUCAACGGAAAAUUGAAGGACCCUGAGAACUUUCAGUAUCCUGUUGAGUCUGUUCUAGCUUAUAAAGAAGGCCGUCUGAGCCCAGAUAUCGUGGCUGAACAAAAGAAGCUGGAAGCUGCAGAUCUUGUGAUAUUUCAGUUCCCACUGCAGUGGUUUGGAGUCCCCGCCAUUCUGAAAGGCUGGUUCGAGCGAGUGCUCUUAGGGGAAUUUGCUUACAGCUAUGCUGCCUUGUAUGACAAGGGACCUUUCCAGAACAAGAAGACAGUGCUUUCUAUCACCACAGGUGGUAGUGGCUCCAUGUACUCUCUGCAGGGUAUCCACGGGGACAUAAAUAUCAUUCUCUGGCCAAUUCAGAGUGGCACUCUGUAUUUCUGUGGCUUCCAAGUCUUAGAACCUCAACUGACAUAUAGCAUUGGGCACACUCCAGCAGAUGCCCGAAUCCAGAUCCUGGAUGGAUGGAAGAAGCGUCUGGAGAAUAUUUGGGAUGAGACCCCACUGUAUUUUGCUCCAAGCAGCCUCUUUGACCUAAACUUUCAGGCAGGAUUCUUAAUGAAAAAACAGAUACAGGAUGAGCAGAAAAACAAGAAAUUUGGCCUUUCUGUGGGCCAUCACUUGGGCAAGUCCAUCCCAACUGACAACCAGGUCAAAGCCAGAAAAUAAGUUUCACAAGGAUGACGUUCCCUCUAAAAUGUAGCCAAAUACAGGUAUCUUUUUCAGGUUUCUUGACUUGUUUUGGUUUUCAAAAUUUGGGUUUUUCUCUUUUUCAUGAGGAAUGGAGAGAGAACAGACUGCAUUCAUACAUUUUUGGAUAGUUUUAUUUUUAAACUUAACUGAUUAACAAAUGCUCUCAUGGCACUUGACCAGAAUCUGAUUAGGUUCAAGGGCCACUUAGGACAUAAAGGAGGGAAGGAUGGAGGAAGAGUAUUAUUUAAAGUCAUCUACACAAUUUAAUUCCUUCUUUUAGAGCUAAAUUUUUAGGGCUAGAAAUUUCUAGGACUAGACAGAAUCCAACUCUUCAAUUAUCUAGUUUUCCUUUAAUUAGCUCUCUGUGGCUUAUGGCAGAGGGGGAAUUGCUCAGAGAAAGAAACGGCUGAAUCUUUUUGACUCAAGGGACUUGUUUGGGAAUUAGUAAUCUAAUGCUUGUUUGGGAUAUAUAUUGAUUUUAAUUACUGCACAGUGACUAAUAUGCUUAAUGCAAGGGUUACUCUUCCUUCAAACUUUCAUUGUUUGUAUGCAGUACACAUAGGUACCUUCUUUUUCCUAAUCUUCUAGUCUCUUCUUUGUCUUAAUCUUCUAGUUUGUUAUUUGCAGAAAUAAACCAAUAUACACAUACCCUACAUCGGGUACACUGGAUGAAAUCAAGAAAGGAAACAAUAGUUAAAUAAAUAGUUAAAAAAAAAUAGUUAAAAAAUAUAAUAGUUAUAAAAAAGUUAAAAAAAUAAUUUAAGGCAUUUAGUGAAUACAGCUGUAAAAAGAUGUCAAUAAAAUGAUAAAAUUUGUACUAAUAACCAUUAAAAAUUCCAUAAUUGUCUUAAAACAAUUUCUGCUAAACUGGAAAUUCUAUGUCAUUUUGGGGUUGUGAGGGAUCAUAGAAAACACUAUCUACUACUACUCCUGUACCCACCAUAAAUAAUUUAACAAAUUUUACAAAUAACUGAAGGCCUAUAGUCAGCCUUACACACACACACACACACACACACAAGUACUUUAUUUCUCAGCUAUACAAACUUUUGGAAGGUUAUAUUCUGUACCAUUGCUAAACUGGCAACUUUCCUUUUAAGGAUGUGUUUUGCUCCCAUGACUUGGGAUAAAAUUGUAAGCCCAGAAUUUCAUUAACUUUUGUGAACAAUUUUGGCAUAGUAUUUUAAUUUCCCAUUUAAAUUGUUGAAGCCCAUGUCUUCAUGUAACUAUAGAAUACAAUCAAAUAUCGCCCUCUUGUGGUGAAUUGAAGGAAAACAAGAAAUGAGGCAAAAAGGUUGCCUGGACCUGGGAAACAUCCUCUUCCUACUAAGGAAAUGAUGGUGUCAGGCUAGAGAACCUCACUUACCAAAUGCUGACUAACACUGGAUAUUUCUUCCCUCUACAUUGUCCACAAUGGAAGAAAGCUGUAUCAGUUUGAAAAUGUUUUCUGUUACCUUCAUCCUCACUGCAAUUUUGUGUAAAUUUCUAAAGUUCCAAAUCAAAUCAAUAAAAUUCAUUUCUACAGAA